AUGAAACAUAGAGUAGGUAAGUUGACUGAACUAAAUUAAAGCUAAAUUAUGUUGAAUAGCUCAAACACUAAACUGUUCUCCUCGUGCAGAGAUGUAAUAACGUCAUCGUUAAUUUAAUUGAAACCAAUACAAAGUUCCUAGAACCGGAAACCAAUGUGUGCUUUGACGAUUGGGAAAAUAAAUUUGUGUCCGUUUAAACACAGACGCUUAAAAACGAUGUGCUAUGUCAAUAAGGAAUAAUGAUGGAAAUGAUAAUGCUAAUCGUGUAAUAAAAGUUUGAAAUCAACUUAUUAUCAUUUAAAAUUAUCUUUUUUAGGUUUCCGUUUCCAAACGAAUCGACUAUACAAAGAAACUCGACAAACAAUUGAUUUGGAGCUACCCAAUGCAGAAAGUGAAACCAAUCCUGUAAAAUUCCUCGUAAAAGAACCCAUUGAGUCCACAAUUACUCCUACUGAGCCUAUCGAAUCAGUUGACCCUACGAGCGCAGUUUUCCCAACGUUCGAAACUUACGAGGAGAUGCUUCAAGACGAUACGCAUGCGUCAAAGAACAGAAAGUUCCCAGUAUACUCCGCGUGCACUCGUCAAGGUCUCAGAAAACCUUUGGCAAGAAGCAUGUCUAAAAAAUCAAAAGUCCCAAAAUGCCGAGGAAGACAGCUUACUCCAGGCGAUUGCACAGACGUGGUUAAGUAUUUUGGUGAAUACGGGAGCGUGAAAGCUGGGCAGUGCGACACAAACAAUGCCAUUAAAAUAUGCACUGUAUCAGAAGAGGAAAUCCAAGUUUCGUGUGAUGCUAGCCCUUGUAAACACAAACGAAUAUCGCUUGGGCUGUUUAGUCACACAAUUGGGAAAAUUGAAUGGCAGUUAGUUAGAGACAUAAAUCGUUUAAGUGUGCUUCUCGAAAAUCGUAUAAUGUCUUCGGAAUUUGGGCGUGGUUUUGCACUAUUGAAAUGUGAAGAUGGACAAGGUAUUCAAGUUUUAACCUUCCCAAAACGUUUGGAUCGCAUGGAAGCAGUUCAAAAGCAGGGAAAAAGACGUUUUAAUAUCAAUAUUGUACUUGAAGAUUCCUUAUCGCGUGCGCAUUUUUACAGAACUCUUUUAAAAACUUCAUCGACUUUUAGGGAUAUUAUUUAUAACCAAUCAAUACCAUCAACUUUACUGGAAUUUGAGAAAGUCCAAAGUUAUGCGUCGAGUACAUAUAGUAACCUUCAAAGAUUGUUUAUAUCUCAAAAGUACUGGAACUCUAAGACACACUGUGGAUACAGGAUUAAGGAAUUUCUUGCAAAUAAUACAAAAUAUUGUACAUAUGGCGUUGAGGAAAUGUUCAGUCGGUAUAAAAAGGCUGGAUAUAGUACCCUACUUCAAGAGGAUAAUUGUUGGUACGAUGAUUGGGGUUCGUUCCUUGAUCCGCGCAAAGGAUUAGCUCGUGUUAAAAACGAAAAAUCACGGCUCAGUAGAUGGAAAGAUUUUGUUCAAAUUGUAAAAAAAUCCGGACGUGGACAAAAGGUUGAUGACUACGGUAUGUCAAUAUUGACCUGCGAUGUUUAUAAAAAUUAUAAAGUGACGAAUCCUUUUAGUUCUAGAGCUGUGCCAAAUAUUUGUUUCGCAGGACGACAUUAUGGGUCCUUCUUUUUGGAGUAUGUGAAAAAGUACACAGAGCUUAACGAUAUUGCAGCACAGCCAUUUAUAGCUUAUACACAUUUGCUAACCUCACACGAGACUAAUGGCAGACGAAUAGUCAACGACGAUGAAAGUCUAGCAGAUUUGUUCUACCAUGCAGCACAUUUGCGCAACACUGUGACCAUAUUUACGUCAGACCACGGAGCAAAAGCGACCGAUUUUGCAGCCUAUACAACACAAGGUCGGCAAGAGGUAUUUCAACCUUUAUUAUUCAUAAUCAUUCCACACGAAGUCAGCAAGUCGCUUGGUCCAGAAGCUAUGAAUGCGUUGGUGGUGAACCAGAAUCGUUUGGUAGGACUUGAAGACCUGCAUCAUUCACUAGUGUCAAUAUUAGACAUGGAUCCAAAUAUUUGGGCUACUCACAAAGAGGACCAUCCAGAAAAUUGGGACUUGCACCCAGGCUCAGAUAAAAAAAAAUGGGUUCUUCACGCAGAUCCUCACAGAGACGUUAAUGUAGGGGUGACGCCAACUCGCCUGCGUGGGUUAUUUAAACCUGUGCCCCUAGAUCGAACAUGCGAACAAAUGAAAUUAAGAUCAGAUGUGUUAUGUUUGUGUGAGGGUAUGGAUAAGUCUGUGUCCAACGAUUCUGAAACAGUCCAAUGGGCGGCUGAAUUUGCUUUGGGGACUUUGAAUAACAGAAUUCAAAAGCAGUAUACCACAGCUUUGAGGUCGAAGCCAGAAGGGCUCGCGUCAGGUUUCUAUGGUUACGGCGCAUGUCAGCGGUAUACAGGUACGGGAAUUAUGCGUGCGCGGCACACUGUUGCCGGUCUAGAGCAAAAGUUGUUUUUCAGUUUACUGGCUAAACCUUUUAUUAGAAAAACCGAGGAAAUUUUUGACGUCCAAGUGUCGUUCGCGAUGAAAGACAAGGCGAACGGUAUAACUUUAAAUGACAUGAUUCGUGUUAGCCCGUAUAAUAAAUACGAGAAAUGCACGGAUAAAGGUGUCGACCCUAAGCUAUGCGCAUGUCAUGCCGAUCGACGAAAUAACACACUAUGGAGGAAUGAGUUAUACUUAAAAACAACCACACAGGAAAAUUUCAAGCUGAAACCGCGAACACAGAUUUUAGAUCAGCCAUGUUUAGCGAUCAUAUCUCGCGUUCGAAGAAAUAAUAUCGGAGCAGGACGUUGGCAGAAUGCGAUUGAGACCUACGAAGCGGUCAACGCAUGCCCAGAUGUGACGUAUAAACUUACAAUUAGUUUCAAAAAGGCGCGGAAAACGCAAAUUUCGCUCAAAUAUCCUAAAUCUGUGACCUUAUUGCCUAGGACAGUGACGUUCCUAUUGACUGCUAAAAAUGAAUGGAAAUAUGGCACGUUUAUUCCAAGAUUUAAGUUCGAGAAGAUGGAAAAAAAUUAA